AUGCCACUCCUCCCGCGCACUCUCGCCACCGUCUCCUGUCUUUUUGCGCAACCAAUAUCCCGACGUUGCGUGACCGGUGAAUCUGCUGUUAAAGCGUACGGGCGAUACUGGUCCGGUGCGGUUCCGGCCUCGACUUGGACUCCCAUCUCGGCAUCGGCUGGGGGCCGAUUGAGGCGCUGUUGUGAUGACUGCAGGAGAGGAUUCCAUGCGACGAGAGAGCUUGCGAGGGGCAGUUUUGAGGGGAAGAAUCAUUAUGAACGGCUGAAGGUAUCACCGGAUGCCUCUCCGGCUGAGAUCAAAAAAUCCUUCUAUGCGCUCUCGAAAGCCCACCACCCCGAUGCAAAUCGCUCCGACCCCGAUGCCGCCCACAACUUUUCUCUCCUCUCCGAGUCUUACACCGUUCUGUCCAAUGCAAAUCGCCGCGCCACCUACGACCGCGAAGUUUUGCGCCUCCACGAGCACCACCACCAUCCUCAUCAUCACGCCUCAUACCACAGCACCAAUCCCGCCGGCGGCCGCCCUCCCUCCGGCCUGAGCCGCCGCAGAGGAACCUUUCGCGGGCCCCCGCCAAGCUUCUACCGCAGCGGCGGAUAUGGCGCCCAAGCGGAGAAGCGCCACCAGGCACACGAAGAGUCGACCGGCGGCGCAGCUUCAGGAGUUCAGACGGACCGCGCCAACCCUUGGAACACGAGCGCCUUUCAUCACGCGCAUCAUUAUGCGGGUAUGGGCCCGGGGUCUGACCCUCAUCACUUUCGGGACCAGAGCGUGCCGCAUUUCGACAAGGCGGGCCAUACGCGGACGCACGAGCGGGAGGAUCACCGGCGGUGGCAGCGGCAGAGAAGGGCUGUGGGGGACGACGGCAUAGAGUUUGAGCCGCAGACGAGCCUGGCCGGGCACUUUUUGAUUGUGGCGGGAAUCCUGGCGGCGACGUUUCUUGCGCCGGCGGUAUAUCUGCAGUUUAUGCGUCUGGGGAGGCAGAAGAAGGAGAAGGAGUCGUGA